CUGUUGUCUCCUCUCCUGAGUCUCUCUCCUCACUGCACCUGAAUCCUCUCUACUGACACCAUGGGUUGCUGUGGCUGUGGAGGCUGCGGAGGCUGUGGCGGCUGUGGCUGUGGCAGCUGUGGCGGCUGUGGCGGCUGUGGCGGCUGUGGCGGCUGUGGCGGCUGUGGCGGCUGUGGCGGCUGUGGCGGCUGUGGCGGCUGUGGAGGCUGUGGAGGCUGUGGUGGCUGUGGCUGUGGCAGCUGUGGCUGUGGUGGCUGUGGCUGUGGUGGCUGUGGUUGUGGCUGUGGUGGCUGCUGUGGCUGCUGUGGCUGCUGUAAGCCUGUGGUAGUUUGCUGCUGCCGCCGCUCCUGCUGCCGCUCCUGUGGCUGUGGCUCCUGUGGCUGUGGCUGCGGCUGUGGCUGUGGGAAGGGCUGUUGCCAGCAGAAGUGCUGCUGCCAGCAGAAGUGUGGCUGCAAGAAGUGCUGCUGCUAGCUUGGGAUGCCUGGCCUCUGAGCAGGUGCUACAAGUACUGAUCUGUUGGUAAGUCCUGGGUGCAGGGGAUGGAACAAGUCACCAUGAUCUCACUGCUAAGGCUUUCCUCUGCCCUAGUCUGAGUAUACCCUGCUGUCUCCCCAGCGUCUGCCUCUCUAGAGUCCGGACUCUGAAACUUUGUUCCCUGAUUAGAAUACUCUGAAUUUCAAGUAAAUUUCCUUAUCAUUUUAAAUGCAGUCAUAGCCAAUGUUAUGAAAGGACAAAGAUGCAGGACAUCUUGGUUACUGAUGUCAAUAAAAUUGUAUAAUGGUCCCCAUUGUGUUUCCUUCUUGAAUUUCUAUCUAUGCUUUAGGAUCCUUGUGUUUAACAAUGGUAAUGUCUAUUCUCUCUAAUGGUAACGUAUAUUCUCUGUUUAACAAUGGUAAUGUAUAUUCUCUGUAGUCAUGGAAGUCUUUCUAGAGUCCAGACAAUGUGUUAAUCCCCUUUAAAUAAAAUUACAAAA